UAUUCACCAAUGCUGGGAUGAAUCAGUUCAAGUCGAUCUUCCUGGGAACAGUGGAUCCCAAUUCAGAUUUUGCAAAUCUUAAAAGUGCAGUCAAUUCUCAAAAGUGCAUUCGUGCAGGAGGAAAGCACAAUGUAAGUGCCAUGUCAAUAAUCAACGCCAAAAGACAGACGGUGGAAUGAAAGGAAAGUAGCCGGAGAAUUGACUGACUUGGGCGAUUGUAGGAUCUUGACGAUGUGGGAAAGGAUAGUUAUCAUCAUACCUUUUUUGAAAUGCUUGGGAAUUGGAGCUUUGGAGAUUAUUUCAAGGAAGAUGCGAUUCGCUAUUCUUGGGAAUUAUUAACCAAGAUCUAUG